AACACUUUUCUCCCAGCAGCAUCCUCUCCUGCCUCCUCCAUCUGAGACGGUGUGCUGCCGUUUCCGUGGCAACGGCUGAGUCAUACUCGGCCUCCGUCUGCUCGCCUGCCGCAGGCUCCUGAUCCCAAUGAGCUGAAAGUGCAGCCUCUCACACGGAGCGGAUCUCCAGGGCCGUCUCGCAAAUGCCGUCCGUGGUUGGCACGUUUGAUUUGGGUUUGCCAGUGCCGGGGCAAGCCGGGUGAUCCAAUGGGUAAUAUCUCUGGUGCGGUGAAGCAGUGCCUCAGCUAUGAAUACCUCAUCAGGGAGCAGCCGUGGCUCUCUGAUUUAAUUUGUCAGCAUCAGGGCUCUGGGAGAAGCAAACUUCCAGAAUGCGUGAAGAUAGUAGAAGUCGGACCAAGAGAUGGGCUACAAAAUGAAAAGGAAUUUAUUCCAACAAGAACAAAAAUUGAAUUCAUCGACAUGCUGUCAGAAACAGGCCUGACUGUUAUAGAAGCAACAAGCUUUGUGUCUUCAAAAUGGGUGCCUCAGAUGGCUGAUCACACAGAAGUCUUAACUGGAAUAAAGAGGCACCCUGGUGUUCGGUACCCAGUGCUGACUCCCAAUCUACAAGGCUUUCAAGCUUCUGUGGCGGCUGGUGCUACAGACGUGGCUGUCUUUGGAGCGGCUUCGGAGACGUUCAGCCGAAAGAAUAUUAACUGCUCUAUUGAAGAAAGCAUGUGGAGAUUCGAAGAAGUGGUCAAGUCGGCGAAGGGGGCCAAUAUCCCAGUUCGGGGCUAUGUGUCCUGUGUGCUGGGCUGUCCAUAUGAAAAACAUACUGAACCAGGUAAAGUGGCCGAGGUGGCUAAAAGAUUAUUCAGCAUGGGAUGUUAUGAAAUUUCGCUGGGGGACACGACUGGAGUGGGCACCCCAGGGGCCAUGUCUAAGAUGUUAGAGCGAGUUCUGAAAGAAGUGCCUUGUGAAGCCCUUGCUGUUCACUGCCAUGACACUUAUGGACAGGCCCUGGCCAACAUCCUGACCGCCUUGCAGAUGGGGAUUUCAGUGGUGGACUCCUCGGUUGCAGGACUUGGGGGUUGUCCCUACGCAGAAGGUGCCUCUGGGAAUGUGGCCACUGAGGACGUGGUCUAUAUGCUCUCGGGAUUGGGAAUCACAACGGGUGUUGACCUUAACAAAGUAAUGGAAGCUGGAAACUUCAUCUCCACGGCCUUAAAUCGAAAGACCAACUCCAAAGUUGCUCAGGCCUGCUACAAGCCAUAAUAAAAGAUAUGCAUACAUGUACACCAUCCACACUGCAGAGAAGGGAUGCAAAACAUCCUGUGUCAUUUUUUAUGCAUUCAGAUGCUGUAGCUUAGAUUAUCUAUUCCUUUGGCACAGUACACCAAAGUGAUGCCUUCAAACCAGCCCUGAAAGGGAGCCAGAAAUCCAGAAAAAAGUAAAAACAAAAAAAUGCAACUUGUGUGGCUCAGGAGAAUGUCUCACUUGGGCUGCAGGGGUGUUCUGGAAGCAAUAAAAAUGGGAAAGUAGGAGCCAUCUGAGGACCAAGCCAUAAGGAUAAUCCUGGUACAAGGAAGGAUGGCACCUCUCUGUGAGCAAAGGGUAUUGGAGUGAAACAUGGAAAAGGAAGAAUUUAAAAAGAAAAGGAGCGCAAGAAGGAGCCACAAAGAAAACAAAAAGAAACUGUCAAAAACAGAAGUGACAGAGUUGGCAAAACGUGAAAGGAUGAAACUAAAUAAGAGGAGUGGCAUAAUGGGCAAAUGUAAACAGACAAAACUAAAAAAAGAGGAGUGUCAGGAUGGGUAAAAUGUGAAAGGAUGAAACUGAACAAGAGGAACGUCAGAAUGGGUCAAAUGCGAAAGGAUGAAAGUAAACAAGAGGAGCGCCAGAAUGGGUAAAAUGCGAAAGGAUGAAACUAAACAAGAGGAACGCCAGAAUGGGCAAAUGUAAACAGACAAAACUAAAAAAAGAGGAGUGUCAGAAUGGGAAAAAUGUGGAAGGAUGAAACUGAACAAGAGGAAUGUCAGAAUGGGUCAAAUGUGAAAGGAUGAAAGUAAACAAGAGGAACAUCAGAAUGGGCAAAUGUAAACAGACAAAACUAAAAAAAGAGGAGUGUCAGAAUGGGAAAAAUGUGAAAGGAUGAAACUGAACAUGAGGAACGUCAGAAUGGGUCAAAUGUGAAAGGAUGAAAGUAAACAAGAGGAGCACCAGAAUGGGUCAAAUGUGAAAGGAUGAAACUAAAUAAGAGUACCAUCAAAAUGCACAAAUUGAUAAAAAAAAUGAAACUAAAAAAGAGGAAUAUGAGAAUGGACAUAGUGGUGGAAAAAACAGAAAAAUCAAAGUGUUAAUGGAUAUAGUGGAAAACAAGGAAAUUUACAAAAUGCAAGAAAUACUGCCCACCUGUUUAUAUAUUAAGAAAAAAUAAUACAUUUAAAAAGAUUGUUCAUGAAAAACAAAAUGGAAAAUGGAUAAACAAACAAUGGGAGUGACAGAAGGUGAAAAAAGGAACAUCAGAAUGAACAAAGCAGGAAACGAGGAAAGUAGCAAGAACUGAAAUGACAGAAUGGCAAAAAUUGAAGAAUGAUAGAUGAACCAAAGAUGAGUCAGAAUGGGCACAGUGGAAAAUGAGGGAGUGGGCAGGACCUUUAUAGCCUAUAUGGCAUCUCCAUGAACAUGAAAGAAUGCGCCCUGAGACAGACUGGCAUCUCAUCCAGGGUUGGUUCCAGCCUUGCAUCUGGAGCUCUCCCCAUAGUCUCUGGUACCCCUUCAUUUUAAAAUUAUAGAAAAUGGAUUCAGUGAAGGGGAAAGUGGUGCAGCUCCUUAAACCAGAAGACUCCCAGUUCAAUGGCUGCCUCACUGUGUGACCCUGAUCAAGUCACUUAACCUACAGGGGCUCCAACGGUAAACAGUGGCAAUGCACCCUGAGCUUGUAAAUUGCCUCGGAUUAAUGUUUCAGCCUAAGGCAAUUUGUUGUUCUAGAAAAUGCAGGAUCCAGCCGCUGUUUAUUAAUUCUUAUUUUUCAUUGUGGCUAACGCCUUUCAUAAUGAACAAGCUCACUAAAGCUCACAAAAAAGAAAAAAAAAGUGCAAUUCCAACUGUAAAAGGUUAAAAGAAUGCCAACUGGAAAUUGUUCUGUUUUACCAAAUUUAAUAUUAAUUUGCACAUUUAUGUAUAUACAUCACGUAAUUUAUAUUAUAGCUUUGCACCUGAACUCAGUGAAAGGUGCCGUACAAAAAUAAAGUGAAUUCCAAUCCA